AUGGCUGACGCCCCCGGUGGGAUUGACCGCAAUGCGGACGAGAAGAUGGAGUUUUCGACCUCCAAGGAGGUCACUGUCCAUCCUACCUUUGAGUCAAUGUCGCUAAAGGAAAAUCUCCUACGCGGUAUCUACGCAUACGGUUACGAAUCGCCCUCCGCCGUCCAGUCCCGCGCCAUCGUCCAAGUCUGCAAGGGCCGCGACACUAUUGCCCAAGCGCAGUCGGGCACCGGUAAAACGGCCACCUUUUCCAUCAGCAUGCUGCAGGUCAUCGACACAGCCGUGCGCGAGUCGCAGGCCCUCGUGCUGUCGCCGACACGCGAGCUCGCCACCCAGAUCCAGUCCGUCAUCAUGGCGCUGGGCGACUACAUGAAUGUGCAGUGCCACGCCUGCAUCGGCGGCACCAACGUCGGGGAGGACAUCCGCAAGCUCGAUUACGGCCAGCACAUUGUGUCGGGCACGCCCGGCCGCGUCGCCGACAUGAUUCGCCGCCGCCACCUGCGCACGCGCCACAUCAAGAUGCUGGUUCUCGACGAAGCCGACGAGCUGCUUAACAAGGGCUUUCGCGAGCAAAUCUACGACGUGUACCGCCAUCUGCCCCCCGCGACGCAGGUCGUCGUCGUCAGCGCCACGCUGCCGUACGACGUGCUGGACAUGACGACCAAGUUCAUGACGGACCCGGUCCGCAUUCUGGUCAAGCGCGACGAGCUGACGCUCGAAGGCCUGAAGCAGUACUUUAUCGCGGUCGAAAAGGAGGACUGGAAGUUUGAUACCCUGUGCGAUCUGUACGACACCCUGACCAUCACGCAGGCCGUCAUCUUUUGCAAUACCCGGCGCAAAGUGGACUGGCUGACGGACAAGAUGCGCGAGGCCAACUUUACCGUGAGCAGCAUGCACGGCGAGAUGCCGCAAAAGGAGCGCGAUAGCAUUAUGCAGGACUUUCGCCAGGGCAACAGCCGUGUGCUGAUCUCGACGGAUGUCUGGGCCCGCGGUAUCGAUGUGCAGCAGGUCAGCCUGGUCAUCAACUACGAUCUGCCGAGCAACCGUGAAAACUACAUCCACCGCAUUGGUCGUAGCGGUCGCUUUGGUCGCAAGGGUGUCGCCAUCAACUUUGUCACCACGGAUGAUGUCCGCAUUCUUCGCGAUAUCGAGUGCAAGUAG